AUGCAGCUCAGUUUAAGUCUGAUGUGGUUUGUAUCAAUGCUGUGGAUAACUGUGUUCAGCACCGCAGGAUGUAAGGCUGAUCCGGUCAGCUGCAGACUGUGGGCUCAGUCUCAGUUGUCUGGUCUUUCUAUGAAUGGAGACUUUGUGAUUGGAGGGAUUUUCUCCAUUCAUAGUUACAUGACUUCACAGCAGAACACCUACACCAGACAGCCACCGCAGCCACAGUGCUCUGGGAGUAUGGAUUUCAGGGAGCUGCGCAUCGCCCGUGCCAUGGAGUUCGCCAUUCACGAGAUCAACAACAGAACAGAUCUCCUGCCGGGAAUCACGUUAGGAUACCAGAUACGCGACUCGUGCGCUGCCGUGACAAUGGCAAUAAAAGUUGCAUUUCAAUUAGCGAACGAUGUGGAGUCAGUUUUCAACGACAUUGAUUCCUGUUCAAAAUCCCCGGCCGCUGCUGUAUCUGCUAUUAUAGGAGAGUCUGGCUCCACACCUUCAAUUAGCAUGGCCAGAAUGCUGGGUCUCUUUGGAAUUCCACAGGUGAGUCACUACGCAACCUGCGCAUGUCUGAGCGAUAAGCGUCAGUAUCCUGCCUUCUUCAGGACUAUACCAAGUGACCACCACCAAGCGGCCGCACUAGCAAGAAUGGUCAAGCAUUUUGGCUGGACAUGGGUUGGGGCAGUGCGCAGCGACUCAGACUAUGGAAAUAAUGGAAUGGCGUCGUUUCUAAAGGCUGCGCAGGAGGAGGGCAUCUGUGUGGAGUACUCCGAGUCCUACUACAGAACACAACCGCGCAGUAAACUGGAGAGAGUGGCAAACGUCAUCCGCAGAUCAACAGCCCGGGUAAUAGUAGCGUUUCUUGCCGCAACAGAAAUGAGAGUUAUCAUGGAUGAACUGGCAAGACAGCCGCUGCCCACCCUUCAGUGGAUCGGCAGCGAAUCGUGGAUCACCCAUCCAGAGUGUCAAAAAUAUAACAUGUGCGCUGGGGCGAUAGGAUUUGGAGUCCCUCGCUCAGUGAUUCCAGGUUUUCGUGAGUUUCUUCUGGAUCUCUCUCCAGCACAAGCACUGAAAUCGCCUCUGCUAACGGAGUUUUGGGAGCGCUCGUUCAGCUGUAGCCUAAAAGGCUCCUCAGAGGGCGCGCAACAAUGUGACGGCAGCGAGGAUAUCCGCGCGCUGCAGAACCCAUACACAGACACGUCGCAGCUUCGCGUGACUAACAUGGUGUACAAAGCUACGUAUGCCAUAGCGCAUGCCAUCCACGGUGUUAUCUGUAAUGACAUGCAGUGUGACAAGACAACUAAAGUCACACCGUUGCAGAUACUCGACCAGCUCAAGAGAGUGAACUUCACUACACAGAAUGGUUAUCAGGUCACAUUUGAUUCCAAUGGUGAUCCUGCAGCCGUCUAUGAGCUCAUAAACUGGCAGACUGAAAAAGAUGGCUCAAUAGAUGUUGUCACAGUUGGCCGUUAUGACUCAUCCAAACCAAGAGGUCAAGAAUUCAGUAUGAGCAGAGCUAUCAGCUGGCUGGGGGGACAGACUGAGGUGCCAAGAUCUGUGUGCAGUGAGAGCUGUCCUCCAGGAACCAGGAAGGCUGUGCAGAAAGGAAAGCCAGUCUGCUGCUAUGACUGUAUACCAUGUGCAGAAGGAGAGAUCAGUAAAAACACAGACUCUUUGAACUGUGUACAAUGUCCUCAUGACUUCUGGCCCAACACCCAGCAAGACAGCUGCCUCCCCAAGCCUGUGGAAUUCCUGUCCUGGGACGACACUCUGAGCAUCAUCCUGACAGUGUUCUCCAUCACUGGGGCCUUUAUAGCUGUAUGUGUGGCUGCUCUGUUCUACAAACACAGAACUUCCCCCAUUGUCCGAGCCAACAACUCAGAGCUGAGCUUCCUGCUGCUCUUCUCACUGAUUUCGUGUUUCCUCUGCUCACUUACUUUCAUUGGUCAGCCCUCUGAGUGGUCCUGUAUGCUGCGUCACACAGCGUUUGGGAUCACCUUCGUCCUCUGCAUCUCCUGUGUUCUGGGGAAAACAAUAGUGGUGUUAAUGGCCUUCAGAGCUACACUUCCAGGCAGUAAUGUCAUGAAAUGGUUUGGGCCUCCACAGCAGAGACUCAGUGUUCUCGCCUUCACUCUAAUACAGGUCCUAAUUUGUGUGCUUUGGUUAACAAUUUCACCCCCUUUUCCUUUCCAAAAUCUAAAGCACUACAAGGAAAGGAUAAUACUGGAAUGUGGAUUAGGUUCAGCUAUAGGUUUCUGGGCUGUGCUGGGUUAUAUAGGAUUUCUGGCUCUUUUGUGUUUUAUUUUGGCUUUUCUAGCACGGAAGCUGCCUGAUAACUUUAAUGAAGCCAAGUUCAUCACAUUCAGCAUGCUCAUAUUCUGUGCAGUUUGGGUUACCUUUAUCCCAGCCUAUGUCAGCUCUCCUGGAAAGUUCACUGUAGCUGUAGAGAUAUUUGCUAUUCUGGCUUCAAGCUUUGGUUUGAUUUUUUGUAUUUUUGCUCCCAAAUGUUUCAUAAUCAUGUUUAGACCAGAACAGAAUACCAAGAAACACCUUAUGGGUAAAGGAGCCUCCCAGUCUCUUUGA